AUGGCAGAGAUGGAGAGCCUCGAUCCGGAAGGAAUCGACUCCGUCCGGAUGACGUGGAACGUCUGGCCUCGCAACAAAGUCGAAGCCAGCAAGUGCGUCGUCCCCGUCGCCGCCUGCAUCUCCCCGAUCCGCUACCACCGCGACAUCCAAUCCGUCCCCUACGCCCCCCUCCGCUGCCGCACCUGCUCCGCCGCCCUCAACCCCUUCGCGCGCGUCGAUUUCUCCGCCAAGAUCUGGAUCUGCCCCAUCUGCUUCCAGCGCAACCACUUCCCUCCUCACUACCACGUCAUCUCCGAGACGAACCUCCCCUGCGAGCUCUACCCUCAGUACACGACCGUUGAGUACUCCAUGCCAGGCCCAUCACAGCCCACUGGGCCUGGGAAUUUAGAUCAGAGCGGUGCCGUUGUGUUUGUUUUUGUGCUUGACACGUGUGUUAUUGAGGAGGAGUUUGAGUACGCGAAGUGUGCGGUUAGGCGGGCGGUUGGGCUGCUUCCUGAGAACGCGCUCGUUGGGUUUGUUACGUUUGGCACGCAGGCGCACGUGCAUGAGUUGGGGUAUUCUGAUUUGACUAAGGUUUAUGUGUUUAGGGGAGAUAAGGAGAUUUCGAAAGAUCAGGUGUUGGAGCAGUUGGGGCUUGGUGCUUCCGGGAGGAGGACUGGGUUUCCCGUGGGGAGAGAUGGGUCUGGUGUUAGUAGGUUCUUGUUGCCGGCCUCUGAGUGUGAAUUCACCAUUGAUUCGCUGUUGGAUGAGCUGCAGACGGAUCAGUGGCCUGUUCAGGGUGGACGUCGGCAGUCGAGGUGCACGGGGGUGGCUUUGAGUGUGGCUACGGGUCUGCUUGGAGCUUGUUUACCUGGAACUGGGGCUAGGAUUGUUGCUUUGGUUGGAGGACCGUGCUCUGAGGGACCAGGCACGAUUGUGUCAAAGGAUCUAUCAGAACCUUUGCGUUCACAUAAGGACCUCGAUAAAGAUGCGGCUCCAUUCUAUAAGAAAGCGGAGAAGUUUUAUGAUGGUCUCGCCAACCAAUUGGUUAACCAAGGACAUGUACUUGACCUUUUUGCAUCCGCACUUGAUCAGGUUGGUGUUGCUGAAAUGAAAGCUGCGGUUGAAAGAACUGGAGGACUUGUUGUUUUAUCAGAAAGCUUUGGUCAUUCUGUAUUCAAGGACUCCUUCAAGCGAGUAUUUGAAGCUGGCGAACAGUCUCUCGGACUUUGUUUCAACGGUACACUUGAGAUCAACUGUUCCAAGGACAUAAAAAUCCAAGGGAUUAUUGGACCUUGCGCGUCACUGCAAAAGAAAGGUCCUAGCGUAGCUGAUACAGUUGUGGGGGAGGGGAAUACUACAGCAUGGAAGAUGUGUGGCCUCGACAAAAGUACUUGUCUGACAGUCUUCUUUGAUCUUUCUUCAAGUGAUCAAUCAACUAAUCCUGGAGCUGUAAAUAACCAGUUAUAUAUACAGUUUAUGACAAGCUACCAAAAUCCAGAAGGGAAAUCAUUACUUCGAGUUACUACUGUUACCAGACAAUGGGUGGAUACUGCUCUUAGCACAGAGGAAUUGGUGCAAGGUUUUGAUCAAGAAACUGCUGCUGUGGUGGUGGCCAGAUUAGCUUCCUUUAAAAUGGAAACAGAGGAGGGGUUUGAUGCUACUAGAUGGCUAGACAGGAACCUUAUUCGUCUUUGUUCCAAAUUUGGUGAUUACCGGAAGGAUGAUCCUGCGUCAUUUACUCUGAAUCAAAACUUUUCACUAUUCCCUCAGUUUACAUUUAAUCUCCGACGUUCACAGUUUGUCCAGGUGUUCAACAAUAGUCCAGACGAAACUGCGUACAACCGCAUGCUACUAAACCGAGAAAAUAUUUCAAACGCAGCUGUUAUGAUUCAGCCAUCUCUAACAACUUACUCGUUUAGCACGCUGCCUCAGCCUGCAUUGCUGGAUGUUGCUUCCAUCGCUGCAGACCGUAUCCUGUUACUGGACUCUUACAUUAGUGUCGUCAUUUUCCACGGGAUGACCAUAGCGCAGUGGCGCAACUUGGGCUACCAAAAUCAGCCUGAACAUCAGGCAUUUGCACAACUCUUGGAAGCCCCUCAAGAAGAUGCGCAGAUGAUCAUCCGUGAACGUUUCCCUGUACCGAGAUUAGUUGUGUGUGAUCAACAUGGGUCUCAGGCAAGGUUUUUGUUAGCGAAGCUAAAUCCAUCAGCAACAUACAACAACCCGAGUGAGAUGAAUGCAGGUUCUGAUGUAAUCUUCACGGAUGAUGUUAGUCUCCAAGUCUUCUUCCAACAUCUUCAGAAAUUGGCUGUUCAAUCUUGAAAACACACAGAGGUUGACAGAAUCAGAUCAAGUCUGAGACCGAAUCCCACAAAGACAAAUAAAGAUGCUGCCAUCGCUCACCAGAGUGUCUCUAGUGUCUUAAGUUUUCUCAUAACACACACAUGAACAGAACUAUGCUUUGUUUUCAUUGCAACGAGGUUUUUGUUUUCUCAUAUAGUUAACAAAUUUUGUAGCUCCAUUUCUUCAUAGUUUUAUUUAUAUUAUAUUUUCUCCUCAU